UCUCAUUCGGUCUUUUGAAAAAAGCGCACGUAUUCUGAAAUCGCGGAAAAGUCAGAAAGUAUUCUAAAGCAAAUCGAAGUGGAAGUGCUUAAAGCCAGUGGAAAAGUGAAAAACUCCAAAGUACUUGGUUUUGUGGAAAGUGCAAAAUACGGAAAUUAGUGCAGUCAAUCGGUUUAUCAGCAAAGUUAAAAGCUACAAUAAACUGAAUUAACAGUGCUAAUCAAAACCAGAAAUAACUGUUAACUUUAAACGGUGUGAACACGCGAAUUGAACAUAGAACCAAUUGAAAAAAUAAACCGAGUGGAAAUCAAAUUAGAUCCCGAGAGACUUUCAGCAAGUGCAACGGUAACAACGUAUAAUGGCACCAACAAUCACUGACAAUUGCGAAUUUGAAUGUGCAACUGUUGAAGCAACAACAACAUCAACGACCACCAUCGGUGAUUUCGAUCAUUUCGAUAAUUCGGCCAUCGGCGGCAGCAGCGAUAAUAUCGAACAAUCGAAUGAAUUGCAUUUGAGCGGGCAGCAGGUUCAGGAUGUUCAGGAGGAGGAGGAGCAGCAGCAGCAGAUGCCAUGGGAGGCACCUGGAAAACAGGGACUCUACGAUCCCCAGAACGAACACGAGGCCUGUGGAGUCGGUUUCAUCGUGGCCAUCGAUGGCAAGCGCUCUCACAAGAUUCUACGUGAUGCCCAGACCUUGUCAGAACGGAUGAAUCACCGUGGCGCCUGCGCCUGCGACAAUGACACUGGUGAUGGCGCUGGCGUCUUGGCUUCCAUUCCUCACGGACUCUAUUUCAAGGCUCUUGCCAAGCAGGGUGUAACCUUGCCGGAUUUGGGUGAUUAUGCCACUGGCAUUUUCUACUUGGAUGAGGCCCAGCACGCCGCCGCCGAGAAGGAGUUCGACGAGCUGGCCAAGAGCCUCGGCCUGGAGGUGAUUGCCUGGCGCACUGUGCCGGCCAAGCAGUCGGCUAUUGGCGGAGUGGCCCGCAAGUCGGAGCCCCUGUCCCGCCAGGUGUUCGUCCGUCGUCCUGAAGGAAGCGAUGAGAAGGCCUUCGAACGGCAGGUCUUCGUCCUAAGGAAGAGGGCCAGCCAUGAGUUGAUCAAACCAGGGCGGCGAUUCUACAUCUGCUCCCUGUCCGACCGUACGGUGGUCUACAAGGGACUCUUCACUUCCGAUCAGUUGUGGGACUACUAUACGGACCUCAAGGAUCCGGAGUUCGAGACCUACUUGGCUUUGGUCCAUACGCGUUUCUCCACCAACACCUUCCCCAGCUGGGAGAGGGCCCAUCCUCUGAGAGUCCUGGCCCACAAUGGUGAGAUCAACACGCUGCGAGGAAAUGUAAACCUGAUGAAGGCCCGCGAGGGUGUCAUGCAGUCGGAUCUGUUUGGGGAUCAGUUGAAGAAACUGUAUCCCGUGGUGGAGCCGAAUCUCUCGGAUUCCGGCAGCUUCGAUUGCGUGCUGGAGUUCCUGACCAUGGCCAGCGAUAGAUCGCUGCCGGAAUCGGUGAUGACCAUGGUGCCGGAGGCGUGGCAGAAUGACAAGACGAUGCCGCAGGAGAAGCGCGACUUCUACCAGUGGGCCGCCUGUGUGAUGGAACCCUGGGAUGGUCCGGCUCUCAUCAGCUUCACCGAUGGUCGCUACAUUGGCGCUGUGCUAGAUCGAAAUGGAUUGCGUCCAUCGCGUUUCUAUGUGACCAAGGAGAACGUGCUGGUCAUGGCCUCCGAGGUGGGUGUCUACGAUGUGGAUCCAUCGCAGGUGACCCUCAAGAGCCGCUUGAAGCCGGGCAGGAUGUUGCUGGUGGACACCAAGGAGAAGAAGCUCAUCCAGGACAUCGAGCUGAAGGCCAAGAUCGCCAAGUCGAGGCCCCACUCUGAAUGGCUGCAGCAGAAGAUGAUUACCCUGGAUGAGGUUCGCAAUGCUAAUGUGUUGAAUACUCCGCCCGUGGACGAACUGGCCAAGCUGCCCGCCUCCCAGAGGGGAAUCUUUGAUCCCAGACUCUCCCUAUUUGGUUACAGCACCGAGACGGUCAACAUGCUGCUCAUUCCCAUGUUCAAGAACAAGAAGGAAGCCCUGGGCUCCAUGGGCAAUGAUGCCCCGCUGGCUUGUCUGUCCAACUUCCAACCCAUACCCUACGAGUACUUCAAGCAGCUCUUCGCCCAGGUGACCAAUCCACCUAUCGAUCCAUUCCGCGAGAAGGUGGUCAUGUCGAUGCAGUGCCCCCUUGGUCCGGAGGCGAAUCUGCUGCAGCCUUCGGCUCAGCAGGUGCAUCGCAUUUGGCUCACCAAUCCCAUACUGAGCAUUCCAGAUACCCAGCUGCUCAAGCGGAACACGCACCGCGGCUGGCGGACCAAGGUCCUGGACAUCACAUUCCAGUAUGACGAGGGCGUUCAGGGUUACCUCGACGCCAUCGAUCGUGUGUGCCGCGAGGGAUAUGCGGCAGCCCAAGCGGGUUACCAGCUCUUGGUGAUCUCCGACCGUGGAGCGGGAAUUGGAGGCAAGGUGGCGGUGUCCGCCCUUUUGGCCCUGGGAGCCCUGCAUCAUCACCUCAUCGAGACGCUGCAGCGCAUGAAGGUGGGCAUUGUGGUGGAGACGGCCGAGGCCCGUGAAGUCCAUCAUAUUUGUGUGCUCCUCGGCUAUGGUGCGGAUGCCAUCUGCCCGUAUCUGGCCUUCGAAUUGGCCCAAGCUCUGAGAGAUGAUGGGGUCAUUGGUCCGGAGGUCAGCGACAAGCAGAUCUAUGCCGCCUAUGCUCAGGCUAUUGAUACGGGCAUUGCCAAGGUAAUGGCCAAAAUGGGCAUCAGCACUCUGCAAUCCUACAAGAGCGCCCAGAUCUUCGAGGCUGUGGGCUUGGGCACCGAUCUGGUGGCCAAGUGCUUCCGCGGCACCCAAAGUCGCAUCGGCGGCGUCACCCUGGAGAUUCUGGCCAAGGAGGGUCUGCAGCGCUAUCAACUCACCUACGGCAAGGCCACACCGGACACUCGCAUCCUCCGCAAUCCUGGCCAGUACCACUGGCGUCAUGGUGGAGAGGCCCACAUCAACGAGCCCUCCUCCAUUGGCAGCCUUCAGGAGGCGGCGGUGAAUAAGAAUCUGGAUGCAUUCGAAGCCUUCAAGAAGACCACUCUAGAUAGUGUGAAGAAGUGUGCUCUCCGUGGACAGCUGGAGUUUGUCACAGAUCGACAGAGUAUUGAUAUCUCCGAGGUGGAACCAGCCAGCGAGAUUGUCAAGCGUUUUGCCACUGGCGCCAUGAGCUUUGGCAGCAUCUCCUUGGAGGCCCAUCAGACCCUUUCGAUUACCAUGAAUCGCAUUGGCGGCAAGAGCAACACCGGUGAAGGUGGCGAGGACUCGGAUCGUUAUUUGAAUCAGGAUCCCAAUCACAGCCGUCGAUCGGCCAUCAAGCAGGUGGCUUCAGGUCGUUUUGGCGUGACCGCUUCCUAUUUGGCCAAUGCCGAUGAUCUGCAGAUCAAGAUGGCCCAAGGAGCCAAGCCCGGUGAGGGUGGUGAGCUUCCGGGUUACAAGGUGACCAAGGAGAUUGCCAAGACCCGAAAGUCGGUACCCGGAGUGGGCUUAAUCUCGCCUCCACCACAUCACGAUAUCUACUCCAUUGAAGAUCUGGCCGAGCUGAUCUAUGAUCUUAAGUGUUCCAAUCCUAAUGCACGCAUCAGUGUGAAGCUGGUGUCCGAAGUGGGCGUCGGUGUGGUUGCCUCCGGAGUUGCCAAGGGCAAAGCGGAGCAUAUUGUAAUUUCCGGACACGAUGGCGGCACCGGUGCCAGUUCUUGGACAGGCAUUAAGAAUGCCGGAUUACCCUGGGAGCUGGGCGUGGCCGAAACGCAUCAGGUGCUGGUGCUGAACAAUCUGCGAUCACGUGUGAUUGUACAAGCCGAUGGACAGCUGCGCACAGGAUUCGAUGUUGUGGUGGCUGCUCUGCUGGGUGCUGAUGAGUUUGGAUUCAGUACGGCUCCUUUGAUUGUCAUGGGCUGCACCAUGAUGCGCAAGUGUCACUUGAACACCUGUCCCGUGGGCAUUGCCACCCAGGAUCCUGAGCUGCGCAAGAAGUUCACUGGAAAACCAGAGCACGUUAUUAACUUCUUCUUCAUGCUGGCCGAGGAUAUUCGUAAAAUCAUGGCUGGUUUGGGUAUUCGAAAGUUCCAGGACCUGAUCGGUCGCACCGAUCUUCUUCGUGUAGCCAGUCAACGCGAUUCUAAGGCCAGUAACCUGGACCUCAAGCUGCUCCUUCAGCCAGCUUUGGAACUGCGUCCUGGCACCAAUAUCGUGGGUGGAUCCAUCAAGCAAGACUUCCAGCUAGAGAAUCGUUCCGACAACCAGCUGAUUGCCAAGGCUCAGCAAAUCUUCAACGGAGCCGAUGAUAAUGUGACCGUCAAGAUGCGCAUCCACAAUGAGGAGCGCGCCUUUGGUUCCACUCUAAGUUAUCAUAUUGCUUGCAAAUAUGGAGAGGCUGGCUUGCCCGCUGGCAAGAGCAUCGAUAUCUUUUUAGAGGGAUCUGCCGGUCAGAGUUUCUGCGCCUUCCUGGCUCGUGGUGUUAAUGUGACCCUCAAGGGCGAUGCCAACGAUUAUGUGGGCAAGGGUCUCUGCGGUGGCAAUGUGGUCAUCACCCCACAGGAUACGGCUCCCUUCGAGUCCCAUCUCAAUGUGAUUGUGGGCAAUGUCUGUCUGUACGGAGCUACCGAGGGAACCGCCUACUUCCGGGGUAUUGCCUCCGAGCGCUUCUGCGUGCGCAAUUCCGGAGUAACCGCCGUGGUGGAGGGUGUGGGCGAUCACGGAUGCGAGUACAUGACGGGUGGCGUGGUGGUGAUCCUCGGUCUUACGGGACGCAACUUUGCCGCUGGCAUGUCCGGUGGUAUUGCCUAUGUGUACGAUUUGGAUGGUUCCUUCAAGCCCAAGGUGAAUCCGGAGAGUGUGGAGCUCCUGCCGCUGGAGAUCGAGAAGGAUGUGCUGCUGGUCAAGGAACUGUUGGCCGAUUUCAUCGAGAAGACGGGAUCCAAGGUGGCCAAGGAGUUGCUGGAUAACUGGGCCGAGGCCCAAGGCAAGUUCGUCAAGGUCUUCCCGUACGAAUACCAGAAGGCUCUCAAGGACAUGGCCGAGCAGGAGGCGGUGGAGCAGCCUCUGAAGUCCGCCAUCGAGAAUGGCAAUGGAAAGCAUGAGCCGCACAUCAAGGACAUCGAGGAGGCCAUCCAGGAUGUGGCACUCGAGCAGAAGCGUGCCGAUCGCGUGCUGGACAAGACCCGCGGCUUUGUGAAGUACAAGAGGGAGGCGGCUCCGUACCGAGAUGCUGGGGAGCGACAGAAGGAUUGGGACGAGGUCUACAACUUCCCACAUGUCCGCAAGAACCUCAAGGUCCAAGCUGCCCGCUGCAUGGAGUGCGGUGUGCCCUUCUGUCAGUCCAACUCCACUGGCUGCCCGCUGGGCAACAUCAUUCCCAAGUGGAACGACCUCGUCUUCCACGGUGAGUGGCAGGAGGCCCUGCGUCAGCUGCUGCAGACCAACAACUUCCCCGAGUUCACUGGUCGCGUGUGUCCCGCUCCCUGCGAGGGAUCCUGCGUCUUGGGCAUCUCGGAGCCGGCUGUCACGAUCAAGAACAUCGAGUGCGCCAUCAUCGAUCAUGCCUUCGAACAGGGCUGGAUCAAGCCAGAGAUUCCAGAGGUGCGCACUGGCAAACGUGUGGCCAUUGUAGGAUCCGGACCAUCCGGCUUGGCCGCCUCCCAGCAGCUGAACCGCGCCGGUCACUUUGUCACCGUCUUUGAGCGCAACGAUCGCGUUGGUGGACUGCUGCAGUACGGCAUUCCCACGAUGAAGCUGUCCAAGGAGGUGGUCAAGCGUCGGGUGGACCUGAUGGCCGACGAGGGCAUCGAGUUCCGCACCAAUGUCCACGUGGGCAAGGACCUCAAGGCCGAGCAGCUGCUGCAAGAAUACGAUGCCGUUCUGCUGACAACGGGAUCCACUUGGCCCCGUGACUUGCCGCUGGCCAACCGUGACCUGAAGGGCAUCCACUUUGCCAUGGAGUUCCUGGAGGCGCAGCAGAAGAAGCAGCUGGGCAACAAGAAUGAAAUCAUCUCUGCUGCCGGCAAGGAUGUGAUUAUCAUCGGCGGUGGAGACACCGGAUGCGAUUGUAUUGCCACCUCGCUGCGUCAGGGUGCCAAGAGCAUCACCACCUUUGAGAUUCUUCCGGAGCCGCCGCUGAAGCGUGCGGAGGACAACCCCUGGCCGCAGUGGCCGAAGGUCUUCCGCGUCGACUACGGACACGAGGAGGUCAAGCUCAAGUGGGGCAAGGAUCCGCGCCAGUACUGCACCACCACCAAGGAGUUCGUGGGCGAGAAUGGCGCCAUCAAGGGCGUGAACACCGUCGAGGUUGAGUGGACCAAGACGGAGACGGGCCAGUGGCGCAUGCAGGAGGUGGCCGGUUCGGAGAAGUACUUCCCGGCCGACCUCAUCCUUCUUGCCAUGGGCUUCCUGGGACCGGAGAAGACGGUGCCCGGCGAACUGGGGCUGGAUCUAGACCCGCGUGGAAACAUCAAGGCCUCCAACGGACAGUAUGGUACCUCCAACUCCAAGGUCUUUGCAGCGGGCGAUUGUCGGCGUGGCCAGUCGCUGGUCGUCUGGGCCAUUACCGAGGGUCGUCAGGCCGCCCGGCAAGUGGAUUCCUAUCUGACCGGCCGUCCUAGUGGGCUGCCAGGACCUGGCGGCGUCAUCGGGACAUCCUAAGCAGGAUCUGCAGCGGCAGCCAGCGCAGCUAAUAUCAAGUUUUGUGUGCGUGCAUCGUCCUUAGCCUAGAGCGAAAUUCUUUACCGAUUUGUGAUUUUUAUUUUCGCGAUUUUAGUUUAGUUUACACUAAAAAAAAGACUUGAGUUUUUUACACACCAAACCAAAACCAAAACGAAACACGUUUCAUUUAGUUUUAUUUUCAUCGCAAAGCUGGCUGGGAAAUGUUUGUGGUUCGUCGAGAUGCCCUCCAUAGGUGAUGAUAAUGCUGCGGCAGGAGUCAAUUAAGAGUGCAAAAUGAUACAAUGCUGAUUGAAGCCAAUCGAAUACUUAUAUAUCUUAAAGGAAAUCGAAUAUCCGACAAAAAAGAUCUAAGGACAAUAACUAGAAACUUACCGUUAUCGUUAAAAACAAAAAUAUUUAGAAAAUGCAUUUUUUUCAAUGUUGUUCAAUUUGUGUUGCCUGUUCUUUGCAAAAAAAGAAAAACAAAAUAUAAAAGUGAAAAUUGAUAUGCUGAUCUCCACCCUCCUAUAUACAAUCUACCCAUAAAUCGUAUAUACAGACAGACAAAAUGUAUUAAACUCGGCCAAUAUCGAAACGCAUUUUUUUAGAUGUUGUUUGUGUGUUUUGAACUGCAUUCGACCGUUAACCGCAGAAGUACCUAAGUGGCUAUUGUUAAAGCAACUGUGCUCCUUGGCAGUUAUAUGUAUGAAUACAAGAAAAAUACACUAUUUAUACAAAAAAUAUUUAACCCAACUGUAUACCCUUAUACAUACAUCUCUAUAUGAAUAUAUUUAUGUGCAAGCAUUUGAUGAAAUAAAUAUUCAAACUAUUA